AUGAGAAAACGCUGGGAGAAUACUCUGAUCGUAAAGGUGUUGGGCAAAGUGGUUGGAUACAACUACCUCCUGAGACGCCUAAGGACCAUUUGGGCUCCCAAGUGUGGAAUGGAUCUCAUCGCCAUUCAGAAUGGAUACUUUCUGGCUCGUUUCGCGUCAGUGACAGACUAUGAACACGCACGGCUGGAAGGACCAUGGACGGUACUAGACCAUUGUCUCGCCGUGAAAGAUUGGGAACCGGACUUCAACCCUAUGCGCGAAGAAACCCAUAAACUUCUAGUGUGGGUACGUUUUCCAUGUCUCCCGAUCGAAUACUAUGACUACGAUUUCUUGAUGAGGGUGGGAGAUAUGAUUGGGACUGCGAGGAAGGUCGACCACGCGACAAGCAUGGCCUCACGUGGACUAUUCGCGAGAGUAAGUGUAGAAGUUGACAUCACGAAACCCCUGCUUGCACGAUUCACACUCCGAAACAAAAGGCGAACCAUCGAAUAUGAAGGUCUACACCUUGUGUGCUUCAAAUGUGGAAUGGUGGGUCACCGGAAAGAAGGGUGUAAAAUGGAUGACGACAUGCCAGAAGAGGUGACGCCGGAAAACGAUGACUGA